CGCGAGGUGGAGCGGCCUCGCUGAAGGAAGUAGUGGCAAAUGCAAACAGAAGAGGCUGCGGCUGCGCUCAGAGCAGCGGUCCCUGGUGCCAGGAGGCCGCACCUGGCUCACACGGCGGGACUCGGAACCAACUGUCCCUGCUGCGGCCCUCACCUGGCAUCUGGAAAAGGAGGGACGGCACCAGGCGAGGGCACAGGGGCUAGACCUGUAAGCAGCGACGGGGAUCCAUACACGUUUCCUGCGUUGAGCGACGCCGAGGAAGAUGAGGCUCCUUCCUUGACGAUGGGUCAGCCGCACUGGGGAGAGGCGGUAAAGCACAGCACCCCGCAGGAAGGCUCCCCCCGCCUGCGCAGGCGGCCGCCGGGCGAGGUCCCCUCCCGCCAGGGCGAGGGCCCCGAGCCCCGGUCCCUGCGGCUUGCACGCGCCCCCCGGAGCACCCCAUCUCUCCGGGCAGGGCCUGGGCGCUCGGCCCCCCUGCAGACCCCGCGGCUCUCCGACGGCCGGGCCUCCAGGGCGGCUCGCGGGCAGCCAGGACCCCGCUCAGGGCACCCCGCUCCCAAGGAGGACCCGCCCGCGCAGGCCUCGGUCACGCGGCAGCAGCACGUGGAGUCCUGCGCACCAGGGAGCUGGCCUGGCCCCACGGGGCUGCCCGGGAUCCCGAGCGCGGCCGGGAGGAGGCGGAGGGACCCGGAGAAGAUGGCAGCCGAGAGGGAGCGCGUGCGCCAGUGGGAGGCCCGCCAGCUUUGGGACAUCGAGGAGGCCACUCAGCAUGAGCUCACCUUCCAGGACGAGUGACCUCGGUGCCGGCCCGGAGGCGCCGUGUUCUGGAGCCCCCGCCGCGGCCUAUAGGCUUGUCUGGCCUCUGUCCAUCCGUCUGUCCAUCUGCAAGCCCCAGCUCAUCCUCGGGGCUGGCCCGGGUCCCCCUUGGACCACCGGCCUCCCUACCUGGUGCCUCCCGAGUAGGGGGUCCCACUACUCAGACCCCACAUGUGGCUCUGGGGGGCACCACCGGACAGCGGGACAGAGGGAGCGGAGCCCACAGGGGAUGUGGAUGCCCACCGCCCACCACCCACCCCGGCAGCCCCGUCCCAUGCCACCUUCCCUGGUGUGACCCAGGGACAGGGUGACAUAUGUCGAAAGCAGGGAGCAUGGUGACCUCCUUGGCACAUGGGCGGGUGCCGCCCCCCCACCCCACCUCGCAGGGAGGGCAGGCCUGAGGCUCCACGGGAGGCGGCUCCAUGGCACGGGGGCGGGGGUGGGGUGACGAACCCAACCCCCUGCAGCUCGGGGCACCUCGGCCCCACCCCUGGGCAACGUUGGGGUCCCGCCCAAGGGCCGGAGGGGUCUGGACCCUUGUGCCAUGAAGAGGAGGAAGCGGGGCGCCCACGGCUCGCCACCCCAGGCCCGCCUGGCGCAGACGUGUCGCGGGCCGCCGUGCACACCUAGGCUUUCACCUUACGAAUGUGUUCACCCCCCACGGUAUUUGGACACACUUGGUGGUUGGUUUUGUCUUUGUGUCCUGGCAACGGGAAGGAGAGCGCUGGGGCUGCCUCCCCUGGGUUGCCUCCAGGCCUGACGGGCGUGGCCCGACUCGCAGGGACAGGGACACAGCAGACACAGCGCUCAGCUGGGACAGUCGGGGGCACCCCGGAGCCUGGACCGGGCCCAGCAGGCGGGGGCGGGAACCCGGCUCUCCCUGCGGUGGUUCUGAGGUCUCCAACCUGGAAGGCCGGGUCCUCGCAGGGCGGGGCGGGGCCUGCGGUCACUGGGCGAGUCACCCUGAGGCCACCUGCGUGUGCUAAGCGCUUGGACACUCCUGAGUGCCCCGGGUGGGUCCUUCCCAGCUCCCCCUUGUCUCCGCUUCUUCCUUUGUUAUGGCAAUUAACGGAUUGGGGAAACAGGUUUAUUUUCCAAGCCACAACAGCGGAAAGUCUGGCUGUAACUGCACACCACGCAAUAAACCCUUCGGGGCCAACCCUCGCCCGCUUUAGUGCUGGGGUAAUAACCCCCCGAGCGUCUGUGUCUGAUGCGAAGGGAUUCCGAUGCGGAACCGAGUGGCUUUCUGGUCUUGCUUCGGUCCUUUGAGAGGUUCAGAUGCAGAAGGAGGCCAGGGAGGAGGAAAGCAGGAUGGAGGGACCU